AUGCAUCGUCGUCUGUCACUAUUAAUCAACGAGGACUGGUUUCUCAGCACGAUAGCCUAUUGCGCUCUCGCCCAAUUCAUUAUCUUUUUUGGAUUGGUCUAUGCGCCAUGGACGAAACAGUACUUUAAUACCGUCAAGAAACAGGCUUGGAUCUUAACGUUGACCACAUCGGCUGUCAUGACGUUUGGAUCUUUGCCGCUUUUGAUUCCUUUCUUGAUGGGCAGGUAUAGAGUCAAUGAGCUGCCUCUGCUGGACUCGGAAUACUCUAUUGUUCUGUCUGUAUACUUUGUAACGUACCUGCUGGCUGACCUCUUUAUCGGAUCCAUAUACUACAAAUCACUAAUCGAUCCAUUGUCAGGCUGGUUCCACCACUCGCUCUACACCACCGUCGUGGUCCUCCUCAUUCGCCAUCGUGUCUCUGGCGCAUUCAUUCUAGCUGGAAUACUAGAAUUGCCGACUCUGUUGCUAGCUAUGGGUCAAAUCAACAAGAAGCUGAGACAGGAUCUAGUGUUUGGAGGUGCCUUCUUUAUGACGAGGAUUGUGCUGCAUGUGUAUCUGGGGAUUAGGCUGUAUACGGAUUUCCAGAGCUGGCAGCAUUGGAUUGCGGUUGGGAUUUUUCCGUUGCAUGCGGUGUGGUUCUCGAACUGGGUCAAACAACAAGUCCGCUUACGAUCCCAAGGACACUCCUCAAAACACCAUGCUGCUGCUACCCCUGCAACUAAUCAUACCAACGACUCUGACUCACCUAAUACCAAAACAUCGCUCAAGGCAUCGCCCAUGAACGGACACUUCAAAACACGACACAUCUCAUCAUCAACUGCUGCUGCUGCUGCUGCAUCUCCUGAUACAAUGAGACGGAAUUCAUGGAGGCCGCAUAAUAGUGAAGAGGACGACGCGGAUGUGAUGCUCAUGGCUUCGAAAGCUGCUCAUGGGAAGAGUAAUAGUAGGGCCGAAACACCUGCAGCUGCAGGUGGCGGUCGUAAUAGGAGGCCGAGUCAGCAGGGUAAUGAUUUUCGGUCGUCGCCGAUAGAAGUAAUGUAG